AUGGGUUGCGCUGGAUCGCACGAUAAAGCAGAUGAAACAGCAAAGAAGAUACGCAAGCCCAUGCCAUGGAAGCAUUCAGAACCCAUAACAAGGAUAGAACUCAUACGGAUGCGAGAUGAGUUUUGGGACACUGCUCCACAUUAUGGUGGUCGAAAAGAGAUUUGGGAUGCACUUCGGGCAGCUGCUGAGGCUGAUAUAACUCUCGCACAAGCAAUUGUGGAAAGUGCUGGUGUAAUUGUUCAGAACCCCGACCUAACUGUCUGCUACGAUGAGAGAGGUGCGAAGUACGAGUUACCUAAGUACGUUUUGAGUGAACCAGCUAACUUGAUCCGCGACAGUUGA